AUGGCCUUCAAGAUACCGGGCGACUUCAAGUUCCCGGAGCAAGCCACGUUCGACGGGUCGGGCGACCCACGAGAACAUCUACUGAGUUACCAAGCUAAGAUGCAAGUUUUUGGGGUACGGGACCCGGUCAUGUGCCGCGCCUUCUUACCCACGCUCAAGGGGUCCGCGCAGAGAUGGCUUGUGGCGCAACCCCCAGGGUCGAUUCACAGUUUUGAGGAACUUGCAGAUCGCUUCAUGAGCCACUAUGCCGCCAACAUCAAGCCACAGAAGGACCUGACGCACUUAGGCGACAUCCACCAGGACGAGGGUGAGUCUUUAAAAACCUAUUUAGCCCGCUGGCAAAAGGAGAUCCAGUCAAUAGAGGAAGUGGAGGACCAAACGGCACUCACUUUCUUCAUUGAAUCUUUGCGGUCCGGCCAGCUGUACCGAGACCUAAGGGACAAUCGCCCGGCAACGUACGCGGAAGCUAUCCAGAUGGCCAACAAGAGAGCCAACACGGAAUAG